AUGAGGAGCCUCCUCAGGUCUAAACGCCAAUGGCUCCCGAGAACCUAUCAAACUCGGCACCUGGAAAGUGUCGCAAGUGUUACUAGAUGCUAUGCGACACAGUCCUCGUCUAAAGCUGGACGUCCUUUCGCAUACACCUGGCUCACAAAAGCAGCGCAAGAAACGACCCCAGAAGACAUCCUGUCCAGUCUUCCUACAAACCCUGCAAGCUCGUCACCUGCGCCCGUUUCCGUCCCCCUCCUCCUUGUCACCCCGAACUUUGCACACUGGCUUGACCCUUCGAGUCCAUUCCUAUCUCAACUCCUCACUCGACUUUACGAGAGCUCCCCGGGAAUCAAUUCUCUCCACGCCGUCACGGCCGUCGUGGACACGCUCCCCGAUACCACAUCCAGUAGCCCUGACUCCAACGAGUCAGAAGGUCUAUCGCUUCUAGCAGUUGACCCAUUGCAUGUGCAAGCAAAGCCCGCGCCGCCGCGUCUCAUCAGAAGCUCCGCCAGCGAGGAAACGAAUCUUUUGUUCUCGAUUCAAACACCAAACUCAAGGCAAGGCAAGAAUAAUGCUCACGAGAUCGGGUUGCGCUUAGCCAACACAAUCUUUGUCAACGGAAAGGACACCACAAUUUUUGGAACAAGAUGGCUAUGGGACAAUAGCUCGAAGGAAUUCGUCUUGGAUAAGUCCAUCGAUUUCACAAGCUGCAUGUUCACGGCGACUGCCGAGACCGUGAAUGCUACUUUGGAACUUCCGUUACACCAAGUGACUGAACGGAGAAGGGUUAUGACCAGCAUGGGAAACAUCCUAAGGCAACUCGCAAAGUCCACCGAUGCAACAUCGACAGAGACAAUUCCCGCUUCAACCGAUCUUGAAAAAGAGCUUCCACGCUACAUUAAGGAACACAAAAUUGUUGACCACCGGGUUUCUGUCUGGGCGCUAGUUGAAAAGCCCGACUUGGUGGUGGCCGAUUCGGGCUCAUCCACUCAUGACCGCUUGAUCCAGUCCCUCAGCCAGGGUGGCAAGCUGCACCGUGUCAUGAGCGGCGGAGGCGGAUGGGGGAAAAAGCAAGGUCUUCUUUCUUUGGACCCCGAAGUUAGUUUCUCAGGCACAGCCAAUCGAGACGACCUUGUCUCCUUGAGUCAAGUAUUUGAUCCGAAGACUGGUGAACCCUUGGACACGCUCCCGUCUAUUGACCAAGGGAUUACAGUUGAUGAUCUUUCCCUUCUCUCACAAGUCGCUACUGCAGGCGACUAUAUACAAUUCUUUGUCUCGGUAGAACCGACUGCGAGUGAUCUUUCAAGAAGGAUUGACUUUGACAACGACACUAUCAGCUACCACUUUGGCAUGGUAGCUGACUCAAUGGAGCUCGAUGCCUAUAACCCCGAUGACAACAAAGGUAUUCAGACUCUGCCCCAUACAUUUGGUGCGUUGUCUGAAAAGGCGAUUGCCUACUCUCAGCCAGUGCAGGGUGAUGCAAGCGCGGAUUCUAGCACCAAGCUAGAUGUGCCCGGUUGUCGACAUGUUUGCCGUCGACCUCCCUCUGGACUCCCCAUCCUUCCCGACUUCAUAGCCUACCGACCUAGGCCGUUCCACAUCCUCCUCAAGCUUUACAAAUCUCGAGAACCUUGUCGGGUCUCUUCCAUCAACAUGGCCACUGAGCUUUGCCCCGUCUACGCGCCCUUCUUUGGCGCGCUGGGCUGCACCUCCGCUAUUGUCUUCACCUGCUUCGGUGCCGCAUAUGGAACCGCUAAGGCCGGUGUCGGAGUCUGCUCCAUGGCUGUCCUCCGCCCCGACCUGAUCGUUAAGAACAUUGUCCCCAUUGUCAUGGCUGGUAUCAUUGGUAUCUACGGUCUCGUCGUGUCGGUCCUGGUCGCCAACGACCUGACCCAAGCUCUCCCUCUCUACACUGGUUUCAUCCAGCUCGGUGCUGGUCUCUCCGUCGGUCUUGCUGGUCUCGCUGCUGGUUUCGCUAUUGGUAUUGUCGGUGAUGCAGGUGUUCGUGGAACAGCUCAACAGCCCAGACUUUAUGUCGGAAUGAUUCUGAUUCUCAUUUUCGCCGAAGUCUUGGGUCUUUACGGGUUGAUUGUCGCUCUGCUCAUGAACUCCCGCUCCAAAGCAUCCUGCUAG